CCACACAACACCCUGGCAGCGACAAUGCAACUUGGUUCGCCUAAGCAAAGUGAUACCAUUGCAGCCCACACUAAUGGCCGCGCUACCAUUGGUCCGGCAACAGCUCCUUCAUCACGUGACACAUCCUUCCCAUACUGGCCUCGAUGUCUAGGUGUAUUGCAUCGCCCUGCCACGUUUGCAUCCACCAAUCCAAUAGCGCCUCCCCACUACUUUUGUCAUUUUCGCUGCUGUUGCAUUGCGACCAUACCGUGUUCCACCACACGCAUUACAUAUGACCAAUCCCGAUGCACUUCCCCAGACACUUUGCCGCUCGCGCUGCAUCUACAGGGAAGUGUGAGGCGUUACGUGCAGGUGCAGCAACGCGCAGGUUGCUGUUCGGAGCAACAGGAGCGAAAUCCGGCUUGCUACGACAACGGGCACAACCUAUUCAACAACCUACACAUAUACGUUAGCACCAAUACCAAGUUUGUCGCUGUACACUAUGUACACACUAUCGACACAUCGCUCUUGCUCUCUCUCUAUCUCUGCACCCGCUGUAUAGAGUGCAUCCGCCUCGUAGUGGGACCAUUUCAUCCGGCUAUAUACAAGCAGAGGAUAGUGGCCCGCAAUGCCAACAAAAUGGAAACUGGAGCCGCCAGUCCGCCUCCACAACAGCCAUCUGGACCUCAGUGUUAA